AUGUACCGCAGCGGCGGCCGCUCGUCGGUGUCCUCGCAUCGGCCCAAGGAGGGCGGCGGCGGCGGCUCCCGCACCAGCCGCAGCGCCGGCUCCUCCUCCUCUUCCACCGGGCCGGUCCGCCGCGCCUCCCCGCCGCCCGCCUCCUCCUCCUCGUCCUCGGCCUCCUCCCGGGCCCCGGGCCGCCGGCCCCGCUCCCCCUCGGGCCACCGCGGCCGCCACGGCUCCCCGUCCCCGCCGCCGCCACAUUCUCUCCGCGGCCGCCGGCGCGGCUCUCCGUCUCCUCCCUGGAGCCGCCGCGGGUCCCCGAGCCCGCCGCGGGGCCGCCGGGGCUCCCCGCCCUGCUCUCGCCGGGCCUCGCCUUCUCCGACCCGGCCCCGACGCCUCUUCCCGUCGGGCUCCGGCGGCUUCCGCGGCAGCAGCCGCUCGUGCUCCCGCUCCGACUUCUCCCGGGACGGCCGCGGGGACCAUCCGGGGGACAGCGGCAGCCGGAGGCGAUCUCCUGGGCUCCGGUCUGAAUCUUCAGUGGAACAAAGCUUGCGGAUCACUGUUGGCAACGACCGAUUUUGCCUUGGCUCACCUGACCCCCGGAGGCUUAAUGAUCGAUUGGGGUCUCCAGUGGAUAAUUUGGGUGACAUAGACAGGGAUGACCUGGCUGAUGGUCCUAUCUUCACACAUAGUUCCCAGUGCUCUCGGGGCCUUGAGCGCUACACUACUCGGGAAGAAGGGCCUCUUAGCCCUUUUCUGGGGCGGCUGGACGAGGACUACAGGACAAGAGAGGCCUUCCUCCAUAGGUCUGACUAUAACCCCCAUGUUAGCCGUCAUGAUGAUCUCCUUCGAGACAGAGACAAACUCAAGGUCUCCUACUCCGUUAGAUCUGAGGAAAGAAGCCGGGAAGCCAAACGGUCCCGUUAUGAUGACAGUGAGAAGCUACAUAGUUUGGGUGGGGACCACUCUAACUAUGUCUCAGGUGCUCGAAACUAUCGACAGCGAAGGCAUAGCCCAAACUCCCGCUUCAUGGACCCUGAGUUCCGGGAGCUAGACCUUGCCAGGAGAAAACGAGAGGAAGAGGAAGAACGAAAUAGGAGCUUGGGUCAGGAUUUGGUUGGGGUAGAUAGCAGCAGCAGCAGCAGUUGUACCAUCUCUGGAGUAUCAGGGUCAGAGCCAGCAUAUACAGUGCAUCGACCAGAGGAUGUGCCUAUGAUGCCCAAGAAGUCCAUUUUGAAGAAGCGAGUAGAAGUAGAUGUGGAACCUUCCUUGCAGAUGGAGAGUUAUUCCAGCAGUACCAACUCUAGCCAAGAACUUCCUCUUCUCUCUGGCCACCCAUCUCUUCCUCCAAGCAGUGCUACAGGCCCUUUUACUUCAGAAGUUGAAAACAACAAAGGAGUCAUGACAGAGACUCUAUUGAAGGAACCCCAAGAAUCCUAUCAGUGGGGUCCUCUUUCUGGGCUGUCUAAGGAUACUAGCCCCCUCAGAGAGAAGUUUGGGAGUUUUCUAAGCCACAAGGAGAAAAUAGAUGGGAAGGCUGAGACUGGUGAGCGGCACACAGAUUUCUUGUUACCCCAUGAGAGAGCCAGCCAAGACGGCAGUGGUUUUUCCCGAAUUCUGGGUAUGUUGGCAGACCCUACCAGUGCCCAAGAAAAGAGGCGACGUAGCUUCCCAGACAUAGAGGAUGAGGAAAAGUUUCUCUAUGGGAAUGAAGAAGAGGAUUUGAAGCCAGAAUCCCCACCAGAAUCCCUUGGAAGUCUUGGGAAUGAAGCUCGGAGAGAGAGAGCAAGCUCCUCUCCCUCCCCAUCAUCAGCUCUGAAACUGGAUGCUCGAGAGGAAACCAAUCCAGAAUAUGCCAAAAUCCAUAACUUGCUGAAGACCAUAGGGCUGGAUAUUGGGGUGGCAGAGAUCAGCAAGCUGGCUGUGCGCACCCAGGAAAGACUCCACGGAAAGAAGCUGUCCUCACACUCCUCAGUCGAUCGACGUUCAGUAGAUCGACGGUCUUUAUCUGAUAGAAGUUCUUCAGACUCCCAUAGGCUGGAAAGCAGGGAGGCACGGCGGAGUGAUACUCGUUCCCCUGAGGUGUCCCGGCCACAUGCAGCCUCUCCUGUGGAUCCUUAUCUGAGGGCGAAGAACAGUCCCCCAUUUCUCAAGUCUGACCACCCCAUGAGCCAGAUCCCAGGACCAGAAGUGGCUGGCAGUGGGCCCCGGUCAUCUGCCAUCAGAUGUCUAAUUCCCUCAGCCCCAGCUCCCCCCAUUAGACUCCCACACUGUACGUCUUCUGUGACCCAGUUUCAGAUUCCUACUAAUACUCAGUUCUCUGCAGCUCCAAUCCCACCAAACUACCAGACACCUGCUAUGCCUCCUUCCACCUUUGAUGCGUAUAGACACUACAUGGCAUAUGCAGUCUCUGCUUGGCCCAUGUACCCUUCUCCCCAGCAACCUGGCCAUCCACUGACUGAUCCCCACAGACUUAUGCCUAUUACUAAACAAGUCACCCCUAGCCGCCCCAACCUUCGUGUAAUCCCCACUGUGACCUCUGCUGAAGCCAAGAGGGAUGAAUCACUGCUAGUUCCCAUCCCUGUCAUCAACAAUUCUACCAAGGUGCCCGUUCGACUACCCAUUCCACCACUCAUGAGAUACAAUCCAGAAAAGAUCUCGGAUGAGAAGAACCGGGCUUCUCAGAAGCAGAAGGUUAUAGAAGAGAGGGAAAAACUGAGGAGUGACCGGGAUGCACGGCAGAAGAAGAUGUACUAUCUCAGGACUGAGCUGGAUCGGCUUCAUAAGCAGCAAGGAGAGAUGCUCCGUAAGAAACGGCGGGAGAAAGAUGGCCACAAAGACCCACUUCUGGUGGAGGUGAGCCGACUGCAGGACAACAUCAUGAAGGACAUGGCAGAGCUGCGACGUGAGGCAGAGGCAGCAGAAAAGAAACAGUCUGAGCUGGACAAGGUGGCUCAGAUCCUGGGGAUCAACAUCUUUGAUAAAACCCAAAAGCCUUCUAAUGAUAGCAAAGAGUCAUCAGAGAAGUCUGGGAAAGCUGAGAAAUCCAAGAGCCCAGAAAAAGUGUCUCCAUCCUCUAACAACUCUUCCUCCUCCUCCUCUUCCUCCUCUUCUUCCUCUAGCAAGGAGUCAAAGUCGAAUAAUGAGAAGUCUCAUGCCAAGAGCCCCAAGCCCACAGAUACCUCUUCCCAGCCUUCAGCCAAGCAGUCUUCCCAGCUGGCUACUGUGUAUGAAUAUUAUGAUGCUGGGAACCACUGGUGUAGAGAUUGCAACACUAUUUGUGGCACCAUGUUUGAUUUCUUUACUCACAUGCAUAAGAAGAAGCAUAGACAGACAUUGGAUCCCUACAACAGACCUUGGGCUUCAAAGAUCCAGAGUGAGGCCAAGCAAGACACCACAAAGCGCGUCGAUAAAAUAACUGUCCCUGCCAAAGGCUCUGAAUUUCUGAUUCCCAUCACUGGAUAUUAUUGUCAACUCUGUGAGGAGUUUUUUGGGGAUCCAAUUUCUGGAGAACAACACGUGAAAUGUCACCAGCACAAUGAGAAGUAUAAGAAAUAUGUGGAUGAAAACCCGCUGUAUGAGGAGCGAAGGAAUCUGGAUCGUCAGGCAGGUCUGGCUGUGGUCCUAGAGACUGAGCGCCGAAGGCAAAAUGAGCUGAAGCGAAAACUGAGUGAGAAGCCAAAGGAGGAAACAGAUGAGAAGAAGGCAAAGGUAGCAAAAGAAAUGAAGGAAGAUGAAGAAAAGCUUUCAGAAGAACUAGAUGAACAGCUCUCUGAGACUUGGAACUCCCCAGACAAGCUUGAGAACAAGCGAAAGAUGACCAUAAAACUCCAGCUGAAAGAAGAAACAAAGGAGACGCAGACAUCCUCCUCCUUUGGGAAGUUCAGCUGGAAGAAGUCAGAAAAGGACGAUGAUAAAAGCUCUGCAGUAGCCCCAAGCAUCCCUAAGGAAGAGAAUAUGGAAACCAACAAGGACAAAGAGGAUGGCAAAGCCCAGGCUGGGAAAGUGAAGCCCAUUGAGAUCAAACUGUCUGGGAAAACUGUCAUUGCUCACACCAGUCCCUGGAUGCCUGUUGUUGCCACCUCUACCCAAGCCAAAAUCCGGCCUAACCUUCCUAUCCCCACCACAGUGCUGCGCAAGUCUGGCUCAGCUACAGUGAGCAAGCCUGCACCUCUUAAUACUUUCCUGUCUAUUAAAUCCUCAGGUGCCACUGCCAAACCUCUACCAGUGGUCAAGGAGUCUUCAACCGAUCUCCUGCUACCUCCUGACAUAAUCUCUAAGGCAUUUGGUGGGGAAGAGGUGAUCUUAAAAAGUUCCCCAGAGGAAAAGACUGUGUUGGCUGAGAAAAAUGAGCCGGCUCCCGUACCUGAGCAGCUAUUGCCUCCACCUCCCCCACCUCCGCCACCACCGCCACUCCCAGUUACACUUAAGUCCACUACUGCAACACCUGCCCAGACAAGCACUGGACUGUCUCCAGUCAAGUCAACUCCUACCAUAUCCCAGAUCUUGACCCCCGGAAUAGGGGGAUCUAACCUCUUGACUCCAGUCUUGCCAGCUUCCAUCUUGGCUCCAGUGCACCCUGCUGCCAUCCCUUCAGAUGAGGUGGCACCUGGGGUGAGUGAGAGUGACCAUGACCAGGCGCUGCUGUCUGUAUUGGUUCGUCCUCCACCACCACUUUCAGGCGUAUUCAGUGAACAGGCCAAAAAAUUGGAGAAGCGGAACUCAUGCUUAGCUACAGCCAAUGCCAAGGAUUUGUAUGACAUCUUCUACAGCAGUGGUGGUAAAGGGAAUCCAGAAAGCAAACUGGGCAAUAGCACAUUGUCCAAUGGGGAGAGUAGUAACUCCUCUAAAAAUGAGAACUCUGAUAGUUCUUUCAUCCCUAGGGAGAGUGGUAUUCUCUUAAGGGGGAUGUCCCAGGACAAGAGUUUGGCCAGUGUUCCUUUGGACAGCUGUUUGGCCAAGCCCAUUGCAAAGACUAUGGGAUCCCCAAAACAGCGGACAAUUGUAGAACAGAGUUUGGGACUAAAGAAUAGAGGUUGCCUACAAUCUCUAGGAAUGGACUUUGGUUCUGCUUCUCUGGCAGAUGACCAGGGUAAGCCCCAGGAGGAAGUCAACCCAGAGGCAAAUGUUUCAACCAUGUUGCCCUCUAGUCCUUAUGAGAGUGAGACCAAUACAGACAUGUGUCUGGAGGGGGAAGCUGACCUCAACUCAGGAGAGCCAGGUCCUCCUGGUGUAGAGGAGCCAGCCCCCCCAAUGUCAGACGGAGCAUGUCCUGCCAAGUUGGUAAAUAUGAGGGACCUUGGAAUGGUUGAUAACCAAUCUAAAAGGAUUCAAGAGCCCCACCUAGCUGAAGAGCAUUGUGGAAGUGAGGUAGAGGCAGCCUCUGAGCUGGAAGAAGGGAGAUUAUUAUUCUCAGAGGGUGUGGGGAAAGAGAGAAUAGGUGACCAGGAUGAGGAGCUUCAGACUUCAUUAUCCAUAGUGCAAAGGGACCCCAAUAGCCUGAAGGAUUCCAGUUUGAAAUGUGAAGACAGCUAUGUAUGGAAGUUAGAAGCCAAACAGAUCAACCUGCCAAGGGAUGACCAAAUUGUUAAUCAGCCUGAAGAAAUGGUGGUAGUACCUGAAGUGAAAGGUCUAGGUAAGGUAAUGACAGAACCACAUACACAAGCUCAGUCCACUAUGGAAAUAAGAACAGACUCAGUUCAGUCAGAUACUAGAUCUAUGUCACAGACCCCACAGUCAACAGAUGUUGAGCAUUUUGCCCUAGAAUCAUCUAUCCAAUCUGUAGUCAGGAGAAACAUUUAUUUAACAGGCAGCCCACAAGAGCAAGCUGUGCUAUCUGGUUGUGAAGAAUGUCAAGAAGACCAGUCCCUUGAACCAGCUUGUAGAACGCCUAACAUCAUAGGCUUCAAACCAGUGGGGGAAGAGCUGAAGAAAAUGACCUGCCAACCAGCUAUUUUGGAAGAGGAGACCAAGAAACCUGAGAACAUUGAGGUUCCAAAGGGACAAGAGUCAGGAUUUUCAGACUUGUCCAUUGUUAGUACUGAAUUAAUACUGGCCACAGAAAGCAAACCUGUAGAAGGCCUUGAACCUACAGAUUUAGAGAAACUUUGUGCCAUAGGCAAUCCAGCUUCUGAUUUCUCCACUGGUAAGUUAGAACCAAUCCAAGAGUCUUUGGCUAUGCAUUCUGAGAAUGUACAUGAAGGCAGAUUUUUGUGUUCCACAGGGUCAACUAACCUCACCUCCACUUUUUCUGAGUUUCCUUUUGAACCUCCUGAAACCAUGGCACUUGACUUGGGGAUGAAGGAUAAACAAAACUCUAAGCCCAGAAAUGAGAAGAUGCCUGAUUCUGAUACUUUGAAAACUCAGCUGGUGUUGAAAGCUGUUGAUGAGGACAUGGAAGUAGCACAUGAACCCUUGGACCUUCAGGCUGAAGGAAUGCUGCCUGAGGAUACAGAAGAGACUUUCAAAUUAGAGGCUGAGGGGUCACUAGGACUGGAGUCAGAUACCGUCUGCUCUCCAGGCCUUCGGCCAUCUGCCUGCCAGCCAGACCUGGUCAGCUUUGUAACGUCAGUCUCUGAAAAGGAGGAAGAAGAGCUUUGUUCUCUACCCACCGAACCAGGUGAUAUACCAGAGAGUAGUAGCCUGGAUACUUGCACACUACAGCCUGAGUUUCAGAGUCCCCCAUCUGUGAUGCAGACCUUUUCUCAGGUGGACAAAGACAGCACUUUGAGUGCUGCAGAAAUGCCAGCCUUAAGUUAUCCUGGAAAAGAAUGGGUUGUUAGUGCUGCUAUAGGCCCUAAGGAAAUGCCAACGCAGGAGGAAGGUACAGUUGAUGCUACCUAGAACCACACAAAAUCUAGUGUUACCAGUGUUAGAAAUGGAGAGGAGAGAACUUUCAGAGCUACUUGUAAAUAAGUUGUGUUGGCUUCUAAAGCUCUGGUAUUUAGAGGGUCCAGGAACUGACUGGUCCUCCAUUUUGGAGACACCAUUUAAUGGUGCACUUGGCAUCCUGCAAUGAAUAUUGGUUGAAGUUAGAAAGUAUACUUUCUUCUCCCUUCCUGAAAAAGUACUACAUAUACUGCAUCUUCUUCUGUACAGAUGUUUAAAAAAGAGAGAAUAUUUUUUUUUCCUGUGAAUUCUUUUGCCAAUUUCUUUUCUCGUGCUUUGCCAUUAAAAUGGAUUUUAUCUGGCUCAAUACACGGUGUGUUUUUGGUUGUAUUUUGGAUUUGAUUCUUUGCCAGGGGGAAAGGGAACUAGGGUUGACUAAAAAAAUUCUUUUGCUGUACUCCUACCCAGUUCCAUUCCUUGGGGAUAUUGAUGGAUGUCCUGUUGGGAAAUACCAUAAGACAUGUUGACUUGAGAAAUCUCCAUGGACAAAUGGAGAAUAAUUGUUCUUAAGCAUUCGGCCUGGAAUGACUUUGCUUUUGUGGUAUUUGAAAUGAAGUGUGAGUAGUUCAUUUUUUCAUUGUCUCUCUUGAUCUGUGGCAUGUUAAUCUCCCCAAAUCCCUUGAUUAUUACCUGUGCUUGAGACCAUCCUGUCCACCCACAAACCUGUAUGGAAAUGGCCUCAGUAAACAUGGAAGAAAAUCUAGCUGACUCCUUUUUUGGAAGACAACAAAUCGGUAAGGCUCAUGGCUCGACGCCUGGACCAGACACACUUUGAGGUCACUUACAUGAUUUUAAAUGGCCUUUCAUUCGUUGUAUUGUGAUCCAGUAACUUUUUGUGUUAAAUCAUUUAGCAGCUGAUCCUGCACUGAAGAGGCUGAAGACCUGAACCUUAUCUUGGGAUCAGACUCUGUCCUUGUGCCAGGAACCUAUGUGUGCCCCUCCCUUCACCUCCCAUCCUUUCAGGCUACUUCCACCAUAGAGUGGUGUUUUGGGUGUAUAUUUUGUUAAAAACAAUUAAAGAAUUCAUGUGUUUGGCUUACACAAGUUUAAUUGUUUUAUUUUUCAUUGUAAAUCACCUUGGAAUAAAUAUAUUGAUCCAACAUA